AUGUUAUUUUCGAUGCAGAUCCACCCUAACGCGUACCAUGUGUCCGUGCUAGUAUUUAUUUUGUUGGGACACGUUCAUUGCGACGAAAAAGACGCGAAAUGGUACACCAGUUUACGCACAGCGCUUCAGAACUGUCCCAAGCAGUCGUGGAACGAUUCGGGAGAGGACGAUUUCCUCGAGAAAUUCCGACGUUGCGUGCAGGACCGCGCGUCGGCUGUCUUAGAUUCGCUUCUGGGGAACGAUGUUAUUGCAGUCGUCGACGGCCUGGACUUGGUACGGUUCCAGGAUGAGGAUAGAGUCAACAGAACCGACAACGGACGUGUUGAUAGCGAGCCGGACGACGAUGCAAAUUGGAUAGCAAUAAUCGUAAAACGACUGCGUCGUGUUUUACGUACCCACGUUUUCAAAGUCGACGUCGAUCGACUGGCCAACGACGUUUUUUCGCAGCUGAACAACUCCAAGACAGAAGUGGAGAACAAUAUAUUCGAAGGUCGCAGGCGUCACAGGCACAGGCACAACCACAUGAUGCCGCUGAUGAUGAUGGGCUUCGUGUUGAUGGGCUCGAUCCUUAUCCCGAUGGGUUUUCAAUUCCUAGCUGUGCUUGGCGGCAAGGCGUUAAUAUUAGCGAAAAUGGCGUUGAUACUCUCGAGUAUACAGGGCCUCAAGAAGAUCGCGACGAACGGGGUGAAUUACGGGCUUUACCAUGCUCCGGUGGAUCAUGCUUGGCAGAGGAGCCAUAUCGAGCAAAAUCAGAAUAUGGAACCGUUGCCUUUCCCGCCGCAUUUCCGUCCCUAA